GGAAAAAGAAACCAACAUAAUUCGUGAGUCAGAUCAUUUGACUCAGCUCUUUCAAAUCGGACAGAUCGAGGCUGUUUACAAGCGAUUUCUUCGAACUGAUUAAAACAUAGCAGACAAAAUAGCAGGAGAUCCUUCAGUAGCUCCAGAGCAGAGCUAACCGGCCAGAGAUCUUCCCUCAUGGAAGGCCAGCAGAGUUCCAAAGUUCCAGAAUUCCAGGAGAUUUUGUUGCAGGUUCAAAAUGCAUUGAGCCUGACUGAGGUACAGGAGCUUGUAUUCCUCUGCACUGAAAUGCUCAGUAAGGAUCUCAGCAGUGUAGACACAGCCAGUAGGCUGUUUGUUCUGCUGCAGGAUCAUGACCUGUUAUCCGCUGAAGAUUUGUCUCUGCUUCUUGAACUACUGAAGAUAAUCAAACGUGAUAAGCUUAUCCGAGACCUUCAGUUAAAUCCACGUCAGUUAAGCAGUCGCGUUUCCUUAUACAGGCAGAUGUUAUUUGAAUUGUCUGAGAACAUCUCAGAUAAUGAACUAAAGGAUAUAAAAUUUUUGCUGCAUGAGACUUUACCUCGCAGGAAACUACAGAAAGAAGUGACAACACUGCAAUUGUUUCUGGAAAUGGAGAAGGAAGGCUGCAUGGGUGCUGAUGAUCUUAGCACUAUAGAAAAACUCAUUGGAAGUGUAUGCCCUCGUUUAAAGAAAAUAAUCAGUGUUUAUCAGAUGAAUGGUGUCAGUGUCCCUGAAGAUGUGAAACGCAAGGACAAGUCUAAUAACCAGGACACCUCAAUAACCACCAGACCAGUUCCGCCUGAGGACACUGCAUGUGCUACAUACAACCCAGAUUUGACUGUUUCUGAAGAGCUGCUGCCUCCUUCAUAUUUUAAUCAGCUACCAUCCACUGAGAUGCGUUCUGGACUGAUGUCUAUCUCAGGUGAUGUACAGGACCAGGUUGCUCACUUAAGUCUUUCUGAAAAUCAAAAUCUCACCCAAGGUGAAACAAACCCGAGCUUUCCUGAGACAAACCAAAAUACAUUGACCCUGAGGCAAUAUGACAUGAAUGGAGAUUGGAGAGGAUUCGCUUUGAUCAUCAGUAACUAUGAUUUCUCACAUUCUCACAUUUUAUCGUUGAAGAACAGAGAGGGGACGGACGUAGAUGAGAAAAGUUUAGCUGAUGUGUUUCAGUGGUUGGGGUUUGAAACUAUAAUAAAGCAAGACUGCAGUAAGGAGAGCAUGCUGAGUGCUCUAAAUGAGCUGCGCAACAAAGAUCACACUAACGCUGACUGUGUGGUGUGCUGUGUGCUGACUCAUGGCUACGAGGGUGGCCUGUAUGGGGUGGAUGAAGGGAAAGUCUUGCUAAAGGAUCUGAUCAAGUUGCUGGAUGGCGAGCAUUGCCCUUCCCUUAGACAAAAACCCAAACUUUUCUUCAUCCAGGCCUGCCAGGGUUCUCAGGAACAGCAGGUGGUCUUUCUACAGUCGGAUGGUCCUAAUGACACUUCAAACAUGGACAUGAGCAUUGAAAGUGAUGCUCAGACGCCCACACACUCCAUACCUGUUGGGGCCGACUACUUGGUGGCAAUGGCGACAGUGCCAGGUUAUGUCUCAUUCAGAGAAAAACACAGAGGAUCAUGGUUCAUACAGUCACUGUGUAAGAAACUACAACAGCUCGUGCCAAGUGGCAUUGAUCUGCUGUCUAUUCUGACUGAAGUUAACAAAGAUGUGAGCAGCAAAACUGGAAUCAGGAAGCAGAUGCCUCAGCCAGAAUUCACACUGACUAAGCGAGUAGUGUUUCCUGUGCCAAACAUCCCUAUUACCUCUUCGGGAUUUACCUGAAAUCUCAUGAAUGUGUGCUCGUAAAUUUUUUAUAAGACUUAACUGAAAUCCUUUAGGAAGUACUGUAUGUGUGUGUGCAUGUCUGUAUGUGUGUGUGUAUUAUUAUUAUUAUUAUUAUUAUUAUAUUUUGAGAUGCACAGGAAAUAUACACAUCACCAAAUACAAUAAUAUAUACAAUAUAUGUCAGACCUUUAGAGUGUUUUACAUUAAAUUUGUUUUUCCCAUCAGAAAUAUGAAUAUAAAAUGUGAAGUCAAAUUAAAUCAGCAAAUUAAAUCAGGGUUUAACAAGAGUGCAAAUGUUAUGAGAGAAUACUUUAUAUUUUUGCUAUUGAAAUGGUUUACAUUUAACUUUUCAUUUAAAUAGAUUUUUAUAUUGGGUAAAGAUGAUAUAUGUCUCCUAUGUUGAGUAUCCGUUAAUAAAAAUCAUACUGAAAGACUCAAGCGCAGCUCUUGUUUUAACCCGUGAGCCUUUUAGGCUUAUGCUU